ACCCACAGCAGCAGGUCACACCUCAGUGUAGUUACGUUGACUCCCAACAAAACAUGAGACAGAAAUGACAUUGAGAAGAAAUGCAUGAAUUCCUUGGCCCUGGUAUUUCACAGGACUGUGUGUAGGAGUCUGCUAUGGUAAUAAUCACAAUAGAAUCACCAAGUACAUUGACACGAACCAGGAAGUUGACCUGGUGAACAACAGUAAACAGAAUGUCCAGACAGGAUAUGUAGAUGAAGAAUUGUCUCAUAAUCCACAUAGUAUGAGUAGAUGGGAUUGUGACAUGUGUUGAUGAAGUCCUUUACGACUGAUUGCAUUUGUCUUGUGUUGUGUUAAUGUACGUGGUGUUUUAGUUAUGUCUUAUCGAGAUGGUAUUCAUUAUUAAGCCUUUAUUUGGGCAUUUAAGCCUGGACAUACAGUGUACUUAGGGUCUAUAGGAUCUGGUCAAAAGUAGUGGACUAUAUGGGACACAGCCUCACUGAUUCUGUCAAAAGUAAUGGACUAUAUGGGACACAGCCUCACUGAUUCUGUCAAAAGUAGUGGACUAUAUGGGACACAGCCUCACUGAUUCUGUCAAAAGUAGUGGACUAUAUGGGACACAGCCUCACUGAUUCUGUCAAAAGUAGUGGACUAUAUGGGACACAGCCUCACUGAUUCUGUCAAAAGUAAUGGACUAUAUGGGACACAGCCUCACUGAUUCUGUCAAAAGUAGUGGACUAUAUGGGACACAGCCUCACUGAUUCUGUCAAAAGUAGUGGACUAUAUGGGACACAGCCUCACUGAUUCUGUCAAAAGUAGUGGACUAUAUGGGACACAGCCUCACUGAUUCUGUCAAAAGUAAUGGACUAUAUGGGACACAGCCUCACUGAUUCUGUCAAAAGUAGUGGACUAUAUGGGACACAGCCUCACUGAUUCUGUCAAAAGUAAUGGACUAUAUGGGACACAGCCUCACUGAUUCUGUCAAAAGUAGUGGACUAUAUGGGACACAGCCUCACUGAUUCUGUCAAAAGUAAUGGACUAUAUGGGACACAGCCUCACUGAUUCUGUCAAAAGUAGUGGACUAUAUGGGACACAGCCUCACUGAUUCUGUCAAAAGAUGUCAAACCAAGUCUUGAGAGGCUGUGCCAAAGCCUGUAUCAUUCAUUACAGAACAUAUCUGUCCACCCUACUCUGUUUGCAAUGUAUUGGUCUAUAGACUCACCACUGUUCAGUGUUACUAAUGUAUUGAAACUGUGCUUCAAUAAAUGUUUUGGACUUGUACCACAGCUGCCUUCUCUUACAUCACAGAUCAGCCUUACAUACACAUUUCACACUCCGUCUACCCACAGAUGCACAGAAUCCCAGAGAUGGUGUGAAACUUCUAGAGAAGUAGAGCUCUCUGCAUCUAACCAGGAAAUGGACGUUGACACAGGAAACUGGUGGUCAUGAUUUCACAUGGUGCAUCUCUGAGGGAAGCCAGUAUCAGAUAUGAUUGGUUUCCAACCGUCUUAAGAGGCGAGCUGCACAGACUAGUGGCGAAAUGAGAACAGAGUAGUGGAACGUAGGGAAAGUAGUUCAGACGAGUCCCUUUUCAUUUACUAGGAAAGGAAGGGACUGACAGCUAUUUGUCUGGUUUUAGAGUGGCGAAAGAGAUUCUGUUUCCAGCAAACCCAGAUGACAGUUAUGACACCGCAGUGGUGGGUUGGAUAUUGGAAUGAAGGAAGUGGUACGGAGUGAUGCACCCUGGACCGUCACUGGCUUUAGCAAUCAUGGCAUGUUUUCUGCAGAGAUACUUCUGUGAAAGUCGCUGGGACAAGGAAGAAGGUUUGAAGCCAGGCUCAGAGACGUACGGCUACAAAGCUUUCUCUGGGGAGGGGUUUGUCAUGCAAUGUACCAAACCACAGUCCGCCGGUCUCUGUGAGCGCCUCUACAACAUCACAGCCAGCUCUGAGGAAGCUGAUUGGUCCAAGGCCGAAGGGGAAACCAACAGAGACAGAGAUGACGGGGCCGUGACAAGACGGGGGAACGCGCUCUGGUUCUCUACCGUUACUGCAAAGGACUCUGGGAAGUACACAUGCCACACAGGUGGUAUGGUGAUCCAUGUCUAUGUGGAGGUGCUGGAGAGGGCCAGCCUGGGGUGCAGGGACACAGAGGAGAACAGAGUCACUCUGGUUCUGGGCAAAGGUGGCAGGAUCCCAUGCCCUGGGAUCAAAUGUCAGACACAGAGGUCAGAGGUCACAUGGUACAAGGACGCCAGGCCUGUGUGUGAGCUACAGGAUAAGAGGACUAUCUCUGUGGAAGACAGUUAUACUCUUCUGCUGGGUACUGUCUAUGUGAUUGAUGCUACAGUGUAUUUCUGUGACUACACCUACGAAGACAACGGGAUCCCCUGGACAGUCAGGAGAUCUGUUAACGUCUCGGUCAUACCCGCUGACACCAAAGACCCUCCACAGAUUACUUAUCCCCAUGGCAACGAGGAGGGCGUGGAGCUGGGGGAGCCUCAUAAUCUGAGCUGUCAGGCGCAUUUUGGGUUCCAGAGGACCUUUGACCCAGUGGUCCAGUGGUGGAUCAGUUCCCAUAGCAACCAUGAAGGCAUGAUGAAACUGAUGGAGAUGGAAGCACAGCAGGUGUGGGAAAGGAGUAUUGAAGAGUUUGAGUUCACGGUCACCAGGACAGCUCAAAUCCCGGAGGUGACUCAGCUACACCUCGACUCCACCUUCACCUGUCUGGCCCAGAACUCUGUAGGCAACAGCAGCGCCACCAUCAGGCUGACAAGGAAAUCUGCAGUUUCCCGUGUGCUGGUGAUAGUGUGUCCGGUGGUGUCUCUGCUGUUUGUAGCUGGGAUUGGCAUUACAGUGCACGUCUACUGGCUAGAGAUCUCUAUUCUCUACAGAAUCUACGUCCCAUACAAACAGACCACCACAGAUGACAAGGAAUAUGAUGCCUUUGUGUCCUACGUGCCCUGCUCUUCCUCUGAGGCGGGGGGAGGAAGAGAGGAGGCGCUGGAGGUGCUCCUGCCCAAGGUUCUGGAGGGGCAGUGGGGGUACCACCUCUUUCUGCUGGAGAGAGACCUGCUGCCGGGCGGAGCGUAUACAGAGGAUGUGGUGUGUGCGAUCCGCAGCAGCAGGCGACUGGUGUGUGUCCUGAGUCCUGACUACCUGGCCAGUACCUGUCUGUUUGAACUGGAGACGGGCAUCAGAGCCUUACAACAAGACCCACACUUCAGACUCAUCCUCAUCUGGACCAGCACCAUUCCCAACACCAGUCCUAGCCCCACCAGCCCCAACACCAGUCCUAGCCCCACCAGCCCCAACACCAGUCCUAGCCCCAGCACCACCAGCCCAACCAGCAGCAGGCCUCUAUCUCUACCCCUGUCUCACACUCUGGGCAUGGUGACUCCAGCCUCACCGCUGCCCCCACUAGUUCGGAGGGCCAUCAGAGUCCUGCCUGCUCUGCGCUACCCCCAGGACCAGGGAAGGAUGAUAACUAGCUCCAACUCUGGAUCACGGUUCUGGAGAUCCCUCCACAAGGCCAUGCCAGCCCAGAGUGGGACUGGGACAGACACACAGACACUGUUAGACAGACACACAGACACCCAGGACAGAGGGACUGUUUUGUAGUCGUUAGGGCGGUUCUCCAGUAACUUGACACCUUGUAUAUAUAUUUUUUUGGGGGUUGAGGGACCUGUGGUUUCAUGGCUGUUGCUUCUGAGAAU